AGCACUAUGGCAGCUCAGUGCGACUCCAUGAGCGGAUACAUGACCCAGUCAGACCCGGGCUCCAACAGCGAGCGAAGUGCUGACUCCCCACUGCCCUGUUCGGAAGAUGAUUCUCUUGGCCCUGCUGCCCCCCACGAUCCUGAGUGGGGUGAAGAAAGAUUCCGAGUGGAUAGGAAGAAGUUGGAGACCAUGUUGCAAGCUGCAGCAGAAGGCAAGGGGAAAAGUGGGGAAGACUUCUUUCAGAAGAUUAUGGAAGAGACAAAUACACAGAUUGCUUGGCCUUCCAAGCUGAAGAUAGGAGCAAAGUCAAAGAAAGAUCCCCACAUCAAAGUUUCUGGCAAAAGAGAGAAUGUGAAGGAAGCAAAAGAAAGGAUUAUGUCUGUUUUAGACACAAAGAGCAACCGGGUCACAUUAAAAAUGGACGUCUCGCACACAGAGCAUUCACAUGUUAUUGGUAAAGGUGGCAAUAACAUUAAGAAAGUGAUGGAAGAAACUGGGUGUCAUAUCCACUUUCCAGACUCAAACAGAAAUAACCAAGCAGAAAAAAGCAACCAGGUGUCCAUUGCAGGACAGCCAGCCGGUGUUGAGUCUGCAAGAGUAAGAAAAAGGGAGCUGCUACCUUUGGUGUUAAUGUUUGAACUGCCUAUAGCUGGAAUUCUGCAGCCAAUUCCAGACCCAAACUCUCCCACAAUUCAGCACAUAUCCCAGACUUACAAUAUAACAGUAUCCUUCAAACAGCGCUCAAGAGUUUACGGUGCUACUGUUAUUGUGAGAGGUUCCCAGAAUAAUACAAGUGCUGUGAAGGAGGGCACAGCGCUACUUCUAGAGCAUCUUGCUGGUAGCUUGGCGACUGCUAUUCCAGUUAGCACACAGCUAGAUAUUGCUGCUCAGCAUCAUAUCUUCAUGAUGGGAAGUAACGGCUGCAACAUCAAACACAUCAUGCAAAGAACCGGUGCUCAGAUUCAUUUUCCAGAUCCAAAUAAUCCCUCAAAGAAAUCCACAGUCUACCUCCAAGGCACCAUAGAGUCCGUCUGUCUUGCCAGACAGUAUCUCAUGGGUUGUCUUCCACUUGUUUUGAUGUUUGACAUGAAAGAAGAGAUUGAUGUAGAGCCACAGUACAUCACUCAACUCAUGGAACAACUGGACGUCUUCAUCAGCAUUAAACCAAAGCCAAAACAGCCAAGUAAAUCUGUUAUUGUAAAAAGUGUGGAACGAAAUGCGUUAAAUAUGUACGAAGCCAGAAAAUGCCUUCUUGGACUUGACAGUAGUGGUGUUACCAUUGCAAGUCAAUCUAUGCUAUCCUGCCCAAUUGCAAUGCCGUGCCAUGGACUGGAUAUUUUAGCAUCUGCUGGAUUGGGACUCACUGGUCUGGGUCUCUUGGGUCCAAAUGCACUAUCAGUUAAUUCGUCUGCAGCUCAAAAUUCCUUGCUGAAUGCCCUCAAUAAUGCUGUUAGCCCUCUACACAGCCCGAGUUCUGCUACACCCAACCAGACUUUGUGGGCAACUUCACUAGCAAACGCCACAAAUGCUACAGGAUUUUCAGCUAUACCACACCUGAUGAUGCCAGCUGCUGCCCAAGCAACGCUAACCAGUUUUCUGCUAUCUGGGGUGCCUAACUUUGGGCAAAACACUCCAUCUCCACCUCCUGGAUUGACUCCAGUGGAUGUUCAUAUGAAUGGAAUACACUCUGAAUCCAAGAAAGUCUCAUCCAAUUUAAACGGACAUGUAAAGACUUCAAACAUGAAAUAUGGUCCAAUAUCUGCAUCAUCUCUAGGGGACAAAGUGUUAAACUCAAACCUUCCUGAUUCGUCAAGACAGUCAAACAGCCAUAAAUCCUCAGAACCCGUGAAUGCCAAGACUGAUUCUGAAGGCUGUAAUGACGCUUUUGUUGAAGUCGGCAUGCCGAGAAGCCCCUCCCAUUCUGCAAACACCAACGAAUGAAAGCAAAUGCUAAAUUCUACCAAAGCACCGUGUGCCAAGAGGCAAACUGUUGAGUUGCUACAAGGCACCAAGAAUUCUCACUUACAUAAUACAGAAAGAUUACUCUCUGAUUCGGAGAUGAGCACUUCAGAAAGUCCAGUGACCGAUAAAAAAGCUCCUGGAAGUGAAAGGGCAGCAGAAAGGGCCGCAGCAGCACAGCACAAUUCUGAGCGAGUACGACUUAAUUCUCAGUCAUCAUAUGCAAAUAUGCAGGCAUAUUACUAUGAACAAAAAAAGCUUUUGGCAACAAAGGCUAUGUUAAAAAAGCCAGUUGUCACAGAAGUAAACCCCACAAAUACUUGGAGCGGGUUGGGUUUCUCAAAGUCAAUGCCAGCGGAAACGAUAAAAGAAUUAAGGCGAGCUAAUCAUGUGUCAUACAAGCCUACAAUGUCAACCAGAUAUGAGACACCAUCCAUGUCUCUAUCAAGGUCAAAGAGCCGAGAGCAACUGGGAAGCGGCAGUGAUUCUGAUAACUGGAGAGAACGGAAUGGUUCACCCCACAAUGAUUACUCCUCAUCAAUUGGGAGUCCCAAACGAAAACAAAAUAAAUCCACUGAACAUUAUCUUAGCAGCAGUAAUUAUAUGGACUGCAUUUCUUCGCUAACUGGAAGCAACGGUUGUAAUCUAAAUAGUUCUUUCAAGGGAACAGAUCUUCCAGAACUAUUCAGCAAACUUGGAUUAGGAAAAUAUACAGACAUCUUUCAACAGCAAGAGAUUGAUCUCCAGACGUUCCUCACCCUGACAGACCAAGAUUUAAAGGAACUUGGCAUUUCAACAUUUGGUGCUCGAAGAAAAAUGUUGCUGGCGAUUUCAGAGCUGAAUAAAAACAGAAGGAAGCUUUUUGAACCAACCAAUAUACGUUCUUCAUUUCUGGAAGGAGGGGCAAGUGGUAGACUCCCACGUCAGUAUCACACAGACAUUGCCAGUGUCAGCGGUCGCUGGUAGCACCCAGCAAAAAAACUUAACCAUAACCGCAGACCUGUGGACAGGCAUUACUUUGCAUAUUCUUACCAUCAGCACUUUAAAACACAAGGUGCCAAGGACCAAAGUCCACACAAGUACUUGUGCUUAAAAAACGCUUGUGUUGUCAUUCGGAACACCAAAUGUGGAAUAUGUUGUGUACGCCCAUGUAGACUGGACCGCAUUGCAAUAGCAAAAAAAUAAUGAUUUUAUGUUUUAGUAUUUUAUGUAUAACUACAAUGUAUGCACUGAAAUUUUACCUUUAUAGAAUGAAGAAUGAGUCUCUCAACUAGAGGGCUUGAAUUAAUUGUUUUAUUGUGGAGGAAUUUUCUAGUAUUCAAAAUAAUCAAGAUACUUCUGCACUUUACAUGCUCUGAUUUUGUCUCCUGUGGAAAUGUAACGUUCUCUUAUUUCCAUGAAAACACAAUUUAUUGACACUAAUCAAACAU